GCUUGCAUCCAUCUAGUAUCCUAGUUCUGGAGAUCAGCAAAUGAGCGUGUCAUGAUGAGAGGGUUGGGAGAAUUACAUGUCAAUGGAUGCCCCAAACAAGACCUUCUCUGAAUUUUUUGCCAUCGUCAAGUCCUGGAUUCCUUGGCGAUCUGAUCCAGCUAACGUGUCUAGAGACUUUUGGAUGCCCGAUCAAAGCUGUAGGGUUUGCUACGAUUGUGAUUCCCAUUUUAACAUAAUCAAUCGCCGACACCAUUGUCGACUUUGUGGCAGAGUUUUCUGUGGCAAGUGUACAGCCAAUUCAGUUCCCGCCACAUCAACUGACUACAAGGCAUCCUGCGAAGAGGGGAAGAGGAUUCGGGCGUGUAACUAUUGCUUCAAGCAAUGGGAGCAAAACCCAGAAAGUACUAAUAAUGGGGAUGAAUUACCUAACCAGGAUUUUAGUUCCUCACCAUCAGCAACAAGUUUUGUCAGCAGCAAAUCUAUUAACACUACCAAUAGUGGAAGUAUUACUCUUGGUUCAAUGUCACAAUCUCUUGAGCCGUAUCGUUUUGUUCGGCAGAGUUCUGAUCUGAGCUCAAACCAGCUAUCCAUGGUGGAAGAGUGUGCAGAUAGGCAAGGUGUGGUAACAUCUGGAAAAUGCAACUAUGAUGUAGUAGAUUUUGCAAAUCGUGGGGCUCCAUAUGCAAACCAUUACGGAUUUUCAAUGAACAGGAGUGAUGACGAUGAAGAUCAGCAUGAUUUAUACCAAUCUGACUAUGAGGCAAGGCACUUGCCGCUGGAGAAUGACCCUGACAGUCAAGUUAAUCUCCACGGUUUAGGCAAUACUGUGGAUUCAUAUGAGGUGGAUCUUCAUCGAGAGCAAGUUGAAACGGAAGGUUCAAGUGUCUCCCCUCUGCAUGAAAGUUUUGAUUCACAGGGAUCAAAUGAAGUCCAACAGCUCGAUAAGAAGGAUGAUGAGCAUUUAAUUAGUGAUGAAUGUGAGGUAGAGUCCUCCUUAUAUCCUGCGGAAGAUGUCGCUUCUGAGCCUGUGGAUUUUGAGAACAAUGGCCUUCUUUGGCUUCCUCCUGAACCAGAAGAUGAAGAAGAUGAGAAGGAAGGUCUUCUGUUCGAUGAUGAUGAUGAUGAGGGGGAUGCUGCGGGAGAGUGGGGAUAUCUACAUACCUCCGGCAGUUUUGGAAGCGGUGAGUAUCGUGCUAAAGAUCGACCAGGUGAGGAGCACAAGAAAGUCAUGAAGGACGUGGUUUAUGGGCAUUUUAGAGCUUUGAUAGCUCAGCUACUGCAAGUAGAGAACCUUCAUACAGACGAGGAAAACAGUGAAGAUGGUUGGUUGGAGAUAAUUUCAUCUCUGUCAUGGGAGGCUGCAACACUGUUAAAGCCUGAUAUGAGCAAAACGGGAGGAAUGGACCCUGGGGGAUAUGUGAAAGUAAAAUGCAUAGCAUCUGGACAUCGCCGUGAGAGUAUGGUGGUGAAAGGAGUUGUAUGUAAGAAAAAUGUUUCCCAUCGAAGGAUGACCUCAAAAAUUGAAAAACCACGCAUUUUGAUUCUUGGAGGAGCUCUCGAGUAUCAACGAGUCUCCAACCUCUUGUCAAGUUUUGAUACUCUGCUGCGACAGGAAAUGGAAUAUCUAAAAAUGGCUGUUGCAAAGAUAGAUGCACAACACCCUGAUGUUCUUUUGGUCGAGAACUCAGUUUCUCGGUAUGCGCUGGAGUACUUGCUUGCAAAAGACAUAUCCCUCGUUCUUAAUAUCAAGAGACCACUGUUAGAACGCAUAGCCCGCUGCAUAGGUGCUCAGAUAGUUCCUUCUAUUGAUAGUUUGUCAGCACAGAAGUUGGGCUAUUGUGAUAAAUUUCAUGUGGAGAGGUUCUUGGAAGAGCAUGGUGCUGCAGGACAAGGAGGGAAAAAACUGACAAAGACGCUCAUGUACUUUGAAGGCUGUCCAAGGCCACUGGGUUUCACCAUUUUACUGAGAGGUGCUAAUGGAGAUGAGCUGAAGAAAGUUAAGCAUGUGGUCCAGUAUGGAGUUUUUGCUGCUUAUCAUUUGGCAUUGGAGACAUCCUUUCUUGCUGAUGAGAGAGCUUCCCUUCCAGAACUUCCACUGAAAUCCCCUAUUACCGUGGCACUUCCUGAUAAACCAUUAAGCAUAGAGAGGUCAAUAUCAACAAUACCUGGUUUCAUGGUUCCUUCAAGUGAGAAGCCUCAAGGUUCUGAAGCUGGUGCUGAACCCCACCAAUCUAACAGUGUCCCUUCCUCUAAUGUGUCAACAUUGACAAGUGAUAGCACUGUUCAAAAUCUGGAGUUGGCGUUGUCAGCUCGUUUUACUGAUGGUUCUGGCAAUUUCUCUGCAAAUCUCAUCAACUCCUUCACUUCAUUUAGGUCUGCUCCUUCCCGGAGGAAAGUUGAUUCCGACAGUCAUGACAGCCUGUUUACUCUUUAUGGUGUAUCUGAGAUACCUGAGCAAACAAUCUCCACGGAAAGCAAUGCUUCCAAUAUUGACCAUCCUGUCCAGGGUGAUCACCUCACUGCUAAUAAUUUUGGGCCUUUGGUAAAUGUUACUAUGUCAAACGAUGCCCAUACAGACAAUUUUGCAACAGAUGCGCCGGUACUAUGUCAUAUGGAAGGUGCAUUGCUGCAACAGGAAAAUAAAAACCUUGUGGUUGAAUCUGGUACUUCGAAGGAAGAGUUUCCUCCAUCACCUUCUGACCAUCAGAGCAUUUUGGUCUCCUUGUCAUCACGGUGUGUAUGGAAGGGUACCACAUGUGAAAGAUCACAUCUCUUCAGAAUUAAAUACUAUGGCAGUUUUGAUAAACCUCUGGGUCGAUUUUUACGAGAUCAUUUAUUUGAUCAGAAUUAUCGAUGCGAUCAAUGUGUGAUGCCGUCAGAAGCACAUAUUCAAUGCUACACUCAUCGACAGGGCACCCUCACUAUAUCUGUUAAGAAGCUACCGGAAAUCCUUCUACCUGGUGAAAGGGAUGGAAAGAUCUGGAUGUGGCACCGCUGCCUGCAAUGUCCACGGUCUAAUGGUUUCCCUCCAGCUACUCGAAGAGUGGUGAUGUCAGAUGCUGCUUGGGGUUUAUCUUUUGGAAAGUUCUUGGAGCUCAGCUUUUCUAAUCAUGCAGCUGCUAGUAGGGUGGCAAGCUGUGGUCACUCUCUUCAUAGAGAUUGUCUUCGUUUCUAUGGAUUUGGUAAUAUGGUCGCUUGCUUCCGGUAUGCAUCUAUUGACGUUCACUCUGUUUAUCUUCCACCUUCCAAAGUGGAUUUUAGCUGUGAGAAUCAAGAGUGGAUACAAAAAGAAGCAGAUGAACUGGUUGACCGGGCAGAGCUUCUGUUUUUGGAAGUACUUAAUAUGCUUAGUCAACUUGAAGAGAAACGAUAUGUCGAGGGACAUGUUCUGAGUUCAUCAGAAUUAAGACGUCGAAUUGUAGAGUUGGAGGGUAUGUUACAACAGGAGAAGGCAGAAUUUGAGGAAUUGCUUCAAAAGACUUUGAAAAGGGAAGUGGCGAAGGGCCAAUGUGUGAUUGACAUUCUGGAGAUUAAUCGUCUGCGGAGACAAUUACUCAUCCAAUCUAUUAUUUGGGAUCAUCGCCUGGUUCACCUGUCUAGUUUGAGUAAUGUUGAGGAUGGUCCGAGAAGCUUGAGCUCAGAAGAAAAGGAAACUUCUUUUCAUAAAGACGAGACACCUUCCGAGGUGAAUGUGGCCCCCAGGGAAGAAACAGUCGUUAGCAAUUCUGAAUCUUUCCGUUUGGAUGACAGAAAUACUAGUCUGGAAGGGGGAUUUGAAUGCCAAAGUGAGCAAGGUGAUGAUGUUGGUCAAGAUAAUCAUAUGGGUGAAAGUGCAAGUUCCAGAGAACAAAAGCAAGCAAAAGUAUAUGCAAACAUGAAUGCCUCCGAUCAAUCUGAGCCUCUGGAAAGUGGGACAAAUGUUCGCAGGUCCCUAUCUGAGGGGCAGUUUCCUACACCACACAAUUUGUCAGAGACCCUGGAUGCUGCAUGGACUGGUAAAAAUCAAUCAAAUACGGCAGUGAAAAAGGAGAUCUCCUCUGCACUUUCUGAUUCAGCCAUAAUUGAUUCUUUGAAGGGAGAAGCAGUGGCUGAUGGGUUGGGUGUGAAUGGCUAUGCAGAGGACUUAAGCAAACUGAAGGUUUCCAGUUCUUUGCCUCCUUUAUUGUCCCCCAAGGACUAUGAUGAUGAGAGUGACUCAGUUAGCUGGCUAGGAGUGCCUAUAAGCCUAUACCGCUCUUUUAACAAGAAUGUCUUAGCAGGAUCUCAAAAGCUUGAUAUGCUUGGAGAGUACCAUCCUAUCUAUAUUUCAUCCUCUCGGGAGUCAGAACUUAAUGGUGGAGCUCGGCUGCUUCUGCCUGUUGGAAUCGAUGACACUGUUAUUCCUGUUUAUGAUGAUGAGCCCACUAGUAUGAUAUCUUAUGCAUUGGUAUCAUCGGACUAUCAUGCUCAAUUAUGUGAUGAGUCUGAAAAAGUAAAGGAUGCUGAACCCGUGGCUGCGUUAUCAUCUUUGGAUUCCGUUAGUUUUCAUUCGUUUCAGUCAUUUGAUGAUAUGACAUCUGAAAGUAGAAGUCUUAGUUCUGUAGAAGAGAGCAUGCUAUCAGUGUCUGGGUCUCGUAGCUCCCUGGGCUUAGACCCACUAUCAUAUACUAAAGCCUUGCAUGCGAAGAUCUCAUUUGCAGAUGCUGGAGGUGUGAAAUAUUCUGUAACUUGCUACUAUGCGAAACGAUUUGAAGCUUUAAGGAGGAUGUGUUGCCCAUCUGAGAUGGAUUUUGUGAGGUCCCUUAGUCGUUGUAAGAAGUGGGGGGCACAGGGUGGAAAGAGCAAUGUCUUCUUUGCGAAGACAUUGGAUGAUCGGUUUAUCAUCAAGCAAGUCACCAAGACAGAGCUAGAGUCAUUUAUCAAGUUCGCUCCUGCGUAUUUCAAGUACCUCUCUGAAUCAAUUGGCACGGGGAGUCCAACAUGCUUGGCAAAGAUUCUUGGAAUCUAUCAGGUAACGUCAAAGCAUGUCAAAGGAGGUAAAGAAACCAAGAUGGAUGUCCUUAUUAUGGAGAAUCUUCUCUAUGGGAGGAAAGUGACGCGGCUUUAUGACUUAAAAGGAUCUUCUCGAUCACGCUAUAAUCCCGACUCCAGUGGAAGCAACAAAGUUCUGCUGGAUCAAAACUUGAUUGAAGCAAUGCGAACUUCACCCAUUUUUGUGGGAAAUAAGGCAAAACGGUUGUUGGAGAGAGCUGUCUGGAACGACACUUCUUUUCUCGCGUCGGUGGAUGUGAUGGAUUACUCGCUUCUGGUUGGAGUUGAUGAAGAGAAGCAUGAGUUAGUACUUGGGAUCAUUGAUUUCAUGCGUCAGUAUACUUGGGACAAGCACCUCGAAACUUGGGUCAAGACUUCGGGCAUACUUGGCGGGCCAAAGAAUGAACCUCCAACCGUAAUUUCGCCCAAGCAGUACAAGAAAAGAUUCAGGAAAGCGAUGACUACCUAUUUCCUCAUGGUCCCAGAUCAGUGGUCACCUGCAACUAUCAUCCCAAGUAGAUCACAGUCCGAUUUACAGGAGGAGGACGCACAGAUGGCCCUUCAGUGAACCGAUGCCCCUGUAGAUUUCUUCGAAGCUACGAUUAGGAUACGCCCUCUAUUUCUUUGCUCACAAUUUUUUCUUCCCUUUCCGCCGUGUCCCAUUCUUUUCCCUUGCCGGGUUCUUCAUGGUAUCUUUCGAAAGAGCAUAUAUCUUCAUUGUUUUGUAGAAAUUUGCAGAUCGGGGCUGUCGAAGCCACAGCGACCUGUCAGGCGUAAAUUAUUAGAUGGCCUUGAUAGGGACGUUUUGUACAGAAGUAAUCGUGCAUAUAUGAAGCAUUGCAAUGUGUAUAUGAAUCCGUGUGAGGUUUUGCCUUGAUUUGAAUGUCAAUUUCAAUCAAUUUUUUACGA